AUGCCUAAAAUUCGAAAGUGUCGCGUGCGCGGAUGCGAAAGUACCAACGGCGGGGUACUACGUUUAUUUAGUUUCCCAAGUGAAUGGGAGCUGGCUGAAAAGUGGAAGGAGAACUUAAAAAUUUCUCCCAUUGACUACUUUCCAGCCACCAACUCAUUCAUUUGUGACAAACCUUUCGAAAAAGAGGCAAUUGGCCCAAAAAGACUUAAAGUGAAUGCUGUGCCGACAUGGAUGCGGCCCCAACCCAGUUAUUUCAACCGGUGCUCCCGGAAAAAUGUUGCUGCGUUAGCAACUGUGAGGGUGGAGCAAAACUUUUUUCGUUUUCUAAAACGGAACUUGCUAGAAAUAACUGGGUCUUGCUAG